AUGUGUUUCAAGCUGGGCCUGCCCAGCCCCUCCCUGAGUCCUGGUGCUGGAGCUCAGCUCACACUUCACAUUGAGAAGGAAGCUGUAGGGGCCGGAAGGGCGCAGUGCAGUUCUGCUCCCAUGCAGAUCGGGAGGGUUCUUGGUUUCCUGAAGAAGAUAGCAAAAAAGCAAAAUAAUAAUUUAUCACCUUCAUCAAAAUCUGUUGGCCAAAUAAACAAGAAGAGUGGUCCUGCCCUUCCAGUGAAUGUGGAUAGCAGGAGUCCUGACCCAGUUGAGAUUCCCAAAAGUACGGAUCCUGACUUGCAGAAGAAUGUAGCAAAGGAAAGCCAAACUGAUCCAUGGUCUUCACCAGAUUAUGUGGGUCAAGUCAGCGAGAAGGCUGGUGCUGAACUUCCAGUGAAUGUAGAUGUCAGGAGAUAUGACUCAGAUGAGAAUGCCAGAAGUAAUGUUCCUGGCUUGCAUAAAAAUGGAGUAAAGAAGAGCAAAAAUGAAACAUGUAAUUCAGCAGUAUCUGUGGCUAAAGUAAGCAGGAAGUCUGGUGCUUUGCAUUCAGUGACUGGUGACAGCAGAAGACAUGAAUCAAGACAGAAUAAUGGAAGCAAUGUCUAUAAUUUCUUCCUGUAUAGAAUUCCUGGCUUGACUAGAAAAAAGAGAAAGAAAAGCACCUAUGAAAUGAAUAUGCCAACAGAACCUCUGACAGUAACACAUGAGACAGCUGGUGUAGUAUUUCCAGAGCAAGGUGACAGCAGGAGACAUGAAAACAAUCAGGAUGUUGGAAGGCCUGUAAAGAAAACAUCUAAUGAGAAGAAGGAAAUCAAUCCUACAGAUGAUUCUGAUGACAUAACUCAGACAUCCAAAAUAGCUUCAACGGGUUGUGACUCGCUUUACUCUGAACAUGAGAAUUGUGUGUUGUUAAUGGAACAACUUGGCAUGAAUUAUAAAGGGAUCGGCUGCGAAGCGAAGAAGAGCACUACAGGAGUGGCGUUCAAGUGAAGC